CCUCAUCCUAACGCCCUGUGGUUUCCUUUUGACUAUAUCGAAAGAAAUGGAAGCUUUGUUAUGCAGGAAGCUCGGUGACCCAACAACCCAACCGGAUUCAUCGGAAAACACCGCUCUCACUGUCUCAACAUCUCACCCUAUUCCCAAACUCACUUCUCCAACUUCAAUCAGAGUUCGAAUCAAGUCCACCAGCUUGAAUUAUGCCAACUACCUUCAAGUCCUCGGUAAGUAUCAAGAAAAAUUCGCCUUGCCUUUCGUUCCUGGAUCCGAUUACUCCGGUGUUGUCGAAUCCAUCGGUCCUAAAGUCACCAAGUUCAAAGUCGGCGAUCCUGUUUGUUCCUUCGCUGGUGUCGGUUCUUUCGCCCAAUUUAUCGUUGCCGAAGAGAAGGAUUUGUUUGGAGUUCCUGAUGGAUGUGAUCUGGUGGCUGCCGGCGCUCUUCCAGUUGCGUACGGAACAUCUCAUGUGGCAUUGGUUCAUAGGGCCAAUCUCAAGUCUGGUCAGGUGUUGCUAGUUCUUGGUGCAGCCGGAGGUGUUGGUCUUGCAGCUGUUCAAAUAGGAAAAGUUUGUGGUGCCAUUGUCAUUGCUGUUGCUAGAGGAACUGAGAAAGUAGAGUUCUUGAAGUCAAUGGGUGUGGAUCAUGUUGUUGACUUGAGCAAAGGAGGUGUUAUUGAAAGUGUAAAGUCGUUCUUGAAAACUAAAAAGCUUAAAGGGGUUGAUGUUGUGUAUGAUCCUGUUGGAGGCAAGCUUAUGAAAGAAAGCAUGAAGUUGUUGAAUUGGGGAGCACAAAUUUUGGUGAUAGGGUUUGCAAGUGGCGAGGUCCCUGUUAUUCCUGCUAAUAUUGCUCUUGUUAAGAAUUGGACAAUUCAUGGACUCUAUUGGGGGAGCUAUAAGAUGCAUCAUUCAAGUGUACUUGAAGACUCUUUAAAGGAGCUGCUAUCUUGGUUGGCAAGAGGCUUAAUUACCAUCUACAUUUCUAAUUCAUACAAACUCCAAGAGGCGAAUCUUGCAUUUUCGGAUAUUAAGGACAGAAAAGUAAUAGGGAAGGUGAUGAUUACUUUUGAUGACCCCAAAAGCAUAACUUCUAAGCUCUAAACCAAAACUUAUGCAAAUUCUGUAGAAAUUAAUCCUUACAAAACCAUAGUAUCUGCAAUGCCGUUUUAGCAUAAAUAAUGUUUCCUUGUUAAACGAAAUGUAAUGUUGGUAAUAAUGUUGACCAAUUGUAAUUGGGAUUCAAUGGAGAAAGGAUCAGUUUAUGAUAUUUGGUUUUUGUUGGAUAUAUGCUGAACAGGGUUUUGUUGCUUUAUUUUUAGUUCCUGUUUUGUAUGAUACCUUUAUCAUCACAAAAUGAUUCUAAAGUGAAAUCCUU